AUGCGACCGUGGUCGACUCUCCUCGCCGCGGGGCUUGCUGCCUCGGGGGCUCACGCCACUCCGGUCGAGGCCGCUCGGCGGGCGACGCCAACGGUCUACCUCGCCGGCGACAGCACCAUGGCCAAGACGGGCAACGGGCUUAUGGGCUGGGGCGAGUACCUCCCGAACUACAUCACGCUCCCCGUAGUCAACAAGGCCAUCUCCGGGCGGUCGGCCCGCAGCUACACCAACGAAGGGCGCUUCGCCGAGAUCGAGUCGCUGGUGCGGACCGACGACAUUGUAGUGAUCGAGUUUGGCCACAACGACGGCGGGUCGCCCAACUCGGCCAACGACAACGGCCGCAGCGACUGCCCGGGCACGGCCGACGAGAUUUGCUACUCGGGCAAGACGGGCGAGAUCGUCUACACCUUCAACCACUACGUCGAGGCGGCGGCGCGGAGCUACAUCGCCAAGGGGGCCCGCGUCAUCAUCAGCAGCCAGACGCCCAACAACAUGUGGGAGGGCGGCACCUACAACAACGCGCCCUCGCGCUUCGUCGGCUACGCCGCCACGGCCGCCAAGAACGUCGGCGCCGGCGCCAGCUUUGUCGACCACUUCCAGGCCGUCGGCGCCAUGUUCCUGCGCCUCGGCAACGCGGCCACCAACGGCCUCUACCCGCAGGACCACACCCACACCAGCCCCGAGGGCGCCGACUUGGUCGCUCAGGCCUUCGUGCAGGCCGUGAGCCUCGAUUUCAACGGGACAACGCCGCUCAAGGAGUAUCUCAAGACCCCGGUGCCUCAGGUGUUCUAA